AUGAUGAAUAGAGGUGGGUCCUCCAUCUUGUUUCCGAUCCAUGGAAAUGUGUACCCAACAGGGUACUAUAAUGUUACUAUCAAUAUCGGCCACCCUCCCAAGCCUUACUUUCUUGAUCUUGAUACUGGAAGUUACUUGACAUGGCUGCAGUGCAAUGCUCCGUGCGUCCAUUGUAUUGAGGCGCCUCAUCCGCUUUACCAACCUACCAAUGACCUGGUGCCCUGUAAAACCCCGCUUUGUGCAGCAUUGCAUCCGCCUGGUGACUACAAAUGUGAAAGCCCUGACCAAUGUGACUAUGAGGUUGAGUAUGCAGAUGGCGGUUCCUCGCUCAGAGUGCUUGUCCUAGACUUGUUUUCUUUGAACUAUACGAACGGAAUCCGAGUCGGUCCUCGUCUGACCCUUGGAUGUGGAUACGAUCAAAUUCCGGGCACAUCCAAUCAUCCCUUAGAUGGAAUACUUGGCCUCGGAAGGGGAAAAUCGAGCAUUGUGUCACAACUUCAGAGCCAAGGCUUGGUCCGGAAUGUCGUUGGCCACUGUUUAAGCGGAAUAGGCGGAGGAUUCCUCUUCGUCGGGGAUGGCCUCUAUGAUUCUUCACAUGUGACUUGGACACCAAUGUCACAAGAGUUCAGCAAGUACUACUCUCUGGGAAAUGCCGAGCUACAUUUCGGUGGGAAAGCUACCGGCAUUAGAAACCUCGUCGUGAUUUUCGACAGUGGAAGCUCCUACGUACGCCUUAAUUCUCAGGCUUAUCAAGCGUUGACAGUGUUGUUGAAGAAAGAACUAAGUGGAAGAUCUCUAAAGGAAGCUCCAGAGGACCAGACACUCCCAUUAUGUUGGAAAGGUCGAAAGCCAUUCCGAGGAGUGCGCUACGCCAAAAAAUACUUCAAGACCGUACUGUCUUUGGCCUUUACAAGCAGUGGCAGAAGAAAAACCCAGUUUGAAUCUUAUAACAUCGGUGAUCACUGCACAGAUAUAUAUAUAUAUAUAUGUAAUAAGGGAAAUGUUUGCUUGGGAAUUCUAAAUGGAACACAAAUAGGGCUGCAAAAUCUGAAUGUCAUUGGAGACGUAUCGAUGCAAGACAGAAUGGUGAUAUAUGACAAUGAGAAACAAGUGAUAGGAUGGAGCCCUGCAAACUGUGAUCAUCUUCCUAGGUUCAAAUCUUACAUGUGAA